AAGUCGGCGGAUGCUUUAUUUCGUUUGUUCGAAAGGUCUUUUCCCGUUUCGCAAUGGGGCCACACCACGAUCACCGUACAGGUGAUAAGAGCCACCGAUAAGGCACAGGCGCGAUCGUCUAACGCGAGCGGCUCUCUCGAUACUCGAAAAGCGUCGAUUGGGGGAAACCAGCUUCGGCGCAGAGGUAUAACAGCAGGUCUCCCGGAAGGGGUGGAAAUGCCAGCGACGCCAGGCGUCGCGAGGUUGAUACCAGUCCGCAGGUCGUCAGCUGCUCUGCAGCGUUACUCGGUCGUUCGGUGGUGUCGAGUGAUUUGCUGCCUGUUCGUUGUGGUCGCAGAGAAAAACUGGGUCUCCUUAAAGUUGGAUCGAGGAGUUCGCAGUGGCGAGAUAAAAGUGUGGUGCUCAAAAAUCCGUACAUUUUUUGUUACAGUGGUUGACGUUUGAAAGGGUGAUUCGAAUCAGUUUGAAAGAUUCGUUUUUACUCCGUUGGCAUUAUUCUUUCCUCUUUCAUCUUGCUGUCUUUAAGCAUUGGCAACGAUAAGUUAUAAAUGAGAAAUAUCUUGCCUUGUAGUACAAGUACAGGGCGAUGACGCCGUCGCGGACCGAAUUAUUGACGAAAAGUAAAGGCGGAAAGAGGGCCGACAACGAAUCAAUAUCUCGCUCGCCCUUACGCACCUGGAGAUCAUUCCUGCAGGAGGGUUGAAGGAGGAUAAAAGUUCUCGCCCCGCAGCAGCUGAUCAAAGGAUAAUCAAAGGGACAUCAAAGACAGUUGACAUUAUGAUAGCUUGCUGCGUCCUGGCCGGUGUCCUUGGCGUCGUCGUCCUCUUCUAUGUCUUCCUCGAGGUGCACUACUUUCUGCGCAUGUGCCUGACAGUGCUCUUGGCGAGAUUCUGCAAGAAGCAAGUUCACAUCCUCGACGAAACAUCGGUUUACGGAGUUUGUAUAACCACCGACAUAGACACGCUUCUUUAUCAUAUGAACAACGCUCGUUAUCUACGAGAGCUCGACUUCGCCAGAGUUGACUUCUACGAAAGGACUAAUCUCUAUCGCGAAAUAAGAGCACAGGGAUCCGGAGUCGUUCAGGGUGCAGCCACCAUUCGCUACAGGAGAUUUCUCAGGCCGUUUUCCGUUUACAAAAUUACAUCAAAGAUCAUCUACUGGGACGACAAGUCUAUUUUCAUGGAACACAAGUUCAUCAGCUCCGGCGAUGGAUUUGUUCGAGCUAUCGCAAUUUGCCGUCAACGGGUACUCGAGUGCAGUGCCGAAGCCGUUAUGGGGGUGCUGCUUGAUCGCGGAGGCAAAGUGAACGGAGGACUGGAGGCCGGAAUUGCCCCGACAAGUGCACCACACGUGAGACCGGAAAUUCCACCGGAAGUUGCCUUGUGGUUGGAAAGUAACGAAAUUUCUUCGGCGAGCUUGCGCCCGACGCCAGAACCCCCUCGCUGCUGACAGAGGGAUGCCGGAGUUUCCGUUGUGAACGACGUCACGCCGGCGAAUUGCUACGAAACGACUGUGGUUUAAGAACCAUGAAUGCGAAAGGCGACUCAUUUUUAGCCUUUGAAGCGUGAGAACGAAGGAAAACAAAAAUGAAAAAAAAGACAAAGGACGAGAAAAAGAAGAAGCGGACCCAAACGAAAUCUAUUGAUGUGGAUAAAAAAGUAUCGAUAAACUUUUUAUCCUUAUAAUAACUUUGUAUAGGAAUUACUCAUGUAAGAUGUGACUCGUUCGGUAUCAGAUUGCGCAGAAAGGUCAAACAAAAAAAAAAAUAUAUAUAUAUAUAUAAAAAAUGGCUUUGAAAAUAUGCAUCAUUUUUUUACAUCAUUUUUUAUAUCACUUCAAAAAAUACGGCUUAACUGUACCGCCUUGAAAUUUUUUGAUUUAUGAAACGACUUUUUUUCGAAAAGAACCUGUUUUCUACAUAUUUGCGAAAUUCACUUUUACCGGUAUUUAAUUAAUUAAGUCGUGGCUCUCAUCUACAGGCAUCAUGUUGCCGAUAGCGUACGUGUACUUCGAUUCUGUUUACAUAAAUGACGAGUUUUUAUAGAAAAAGUUUUCUAGGAUACCUAAUUUUUGAAGAAUAUUCGAGAAAAAAAAAUUGGCCAAUUGUGAAUGAAAAAUGUAUGAUUGUCGAAAAUCGUUCUUGUAUUUCGUUCUUUAAUUUUCACUGUGAUAAAUAGCUCUAACAGUUAUAGAUUGAUCUCCCUAAACUCCGAACGGCAGCAUUUUGAAAAAAAAAAAAAAAAAUCAUUAGCAUAUUCCGUCCAUUGGUUCAAAAUUUAUAAGCUUUCAAAAAGAGUACAUUCGUGAAAUAUGUGAAUAAAAAUUUUGUAAAAAAAAGGCAAGAAAAUCGUGAUAUCUGUACAUUAGAGCCAAACUUUUUUGGACCAAAAUAAGAUUACGGGUGUUAUUAAGUUUUGCUAAAAAAUUAUAUGCCUUUUAUUUAAGUAAUUUUAAAUUUUGAUCUCGGCCUUCCUGGGCGAUUCGAAUUUGAGAUGGAACGAGUCAUACUUGUAUUGGAUACGCCGAUCGAUUUCUCAAUGAAACCGGAAAUACUUGUAUUGUGAUAAUAAUCGACGGAGGAAAGUUUGAAAAGUCUCUCGACGUUUACGGAAUGGCGUAUCUGUCUACGAAUGUGAGCAGCACGCGUGUUUAAAAAGAAAAGUUCCAUUUUGUUGUGUGCGGUUAAUCUUUUAUGCCCGCGUUACUUUUGGGGAAAAAGCUGCGUUGAACAUUUUUACGGUAAAGUGCAAUUCCGUGGAAUGAGUAUAAAUUAGUUAUAAAAUAACCAGUGUCGGAGUGAUCAAAUCGCUCCCUUCUAGUCUCAGUCUUGUGUUCUUUGUAAUCCUUACUGUACGAUUUGAAUUCUCUUCCUAAUGACAGAAACCGAAUUUAAUAUUCAAACGGUAACAAUUAGCCUAUAAAUUUGCUAAUCAAAAUCAACAUUACUCAGGUAAUUUUGUCAAGGCUUCGCUCGACUGAAAUUCUUUAUCCAGAUCGAAUCGGAAGUCAAAUAAAUAUCGAUUUAGAACUAAA